AUGGAUGAAAACGGUACAGUAAAGCCUGGCUAUGAAUUAAAGGGACUCAAUUCGGGAAAUUCGAGGUCAAAUAUGGAUAAGGAUCCCAUCGUUAGCAAAUUUCAUAGGGCUGGUCUCAAUGAUUCUGCAGACGAGGAAGAUACUGAUAUCAAUGGUAAUCGCAACACUAGCUGGAUAACUUCAAUGAUUAGUGAAGAAAAACGCAAGGUGGAGGGAAAAUCUAUGCUGAAUGAUGAGGAAGAUUUGCAUUUAUCCAAAGCUACUUUGAACAAAUGCGAUGCUCUAGUUAAGAUAUUAGCGGAUAUUAUCAAGCUAGAGUUUGUUAUUCACCAAUCAUGGUAUAUCAGAUCCCUUCACAAGAGUGUCUUAAUUCAAUUUGAAGUAGAAACGUCUGGUGGAAAUAAGAAUAGCGCCGGUGAUAGCGGCGACGAUGAUGAUGAUAAUCAUAAUGGUAAUCUGGACGAUAGCUUUUAUAAAGAUUUAAGCUUAAAAUGCAUCAAAAAAUGCGAGAAGUCUUCCCUUGCACUUGAGUCGCUGUCAAGGGACAUUGACCAAAUUAGAGAUUUCAUAAUGUCCAAUACAAUAGAAGACAACAGGGUUGACAGGCUUUUGCAGAAUUCGAUGACCCUGUUAUUAGAGUGUUGGAUCUACUCUAUGAAGAGAUUGCGCCGUCUAAGGAUGAAGAUUGCAGGUAUCUUUGUUAGGUCCAAACUUUUGCUUAUUGAUCAUGAAUUAGUGACCAUAUGGCAUUUUUUACAGGAGCAAAACGAGCACGAAACGGUUAAUAAUGAGAACGAACUGAAAUUGGCAGAAACAAUAAAAUCAUACAGAGCGUUCAUUAAGAUAUUUAUUCAACAAUUGGAGGACUCCGAAUCGGGAUCUCCAUCCUCCUCUUUGUUUGAAGAAUGUUUACACGUUUUUUUGGAUAUAGAAUCGAUGUACAACUCUUUAAACCUGAAUUGGCUUUUGAACGAAAACAAAGCAUUACAAGAAAGACUACUAUCACCAUCGUCGACAUCGGAGAACGAUCAUACUAAUAACCUUCCCGUUAUUGAUGAGACAAAGGAAAUCGAAGAUAUCAGCUCAUUUGUCAAUAGCAUUGUGGAUGCAUCCAUGUUGACACAUGAUUUGACUCCUAUUAACUCAUCAGAUAGCGACAAUUUAUCAAACGGAGAAAUCGAUCGUCUAGAUGGAAGAAGGUUAUCCUCUUCCACGUCAGAUAUGUCAUUGAUGAUGCAAAGGACUUCUCUGCAGAAACAACUUCCUAGCUUAUUAACUGCCUUCAACAACGCAAGAAGACUAGAACAAGAAUUGCAAAACGCAUGCAAAGUAAACGAUAACAAACAUAGCACGAAAGAUACUGAUUCAAAUAUACGACGGAAUGAACAUGCUAUGUCUUCAAGUGUAUCCUCCAUCAUCUCCCAAAACUCCACAUUAGCAUCACCGUCUCCUCCGAUGUCAUCGUCCUUUAUAUCCACGGCGCCAUCACAAUCAAGUUCUCGUAUGAGUACAUUACCACUGUCUCCUUCCUCUUCAUUAUUGGAAUCACAAUCGCAAACGCUGAAGAACAAUAUGUCGCAAUGGUUGAACCAAUCGCGAUCUGGCCUCAACGGCACAAAACUUAUUCCAACAAACCACAUUGGGUUUCACAGCAAUGUUCUGAAUACUUUGUAUGGUAUCGGUGGUGGUCCGGUAUCGAAAUCUUAUAAAUCCAAUCAACCUUCUUCACAAAAUACUUGA